UGCCGCCUCGCCUCUUGUCUUUCCAACAGACUCUGGAUGUCAGAUGGAGUAAAUGAGCCAACAAGGGAAGGGAACCAAGCCGGAGGAGCCGCGCUUUAAAAUUGGAGAUUAAGGAGGCAAGGACAGCCCGGGGUAAUGGAGCCCGGGGCCCAACUCUUCAGCGCGGUGACUUUGCUGCUGCUCAGCGGCUGGCGUCUCGGCUCUGCGGCUUCCAUCUAUAAUUGUGAAGAGCCACUGAUACUGUCAUUACCUGCAUCUGCUUUUGACAGCUCGUCCAAACUCUCCAAUAACCACAUCCCCAGCUUUGCGAAACUCAUCAGACGGGAUGGAGCUGGUGGCUGGUCCCCUUUGGAUUCUAGUAAGGAACAAUGGCUCCAAGUUGAUUUGGGAGACAGAGUAGAGAUUACAGGCGUUGCUACUCAGGGAAGAUAUGGAAGCUCAGACUGGACCACAAGCUACAGUCUAAUGUUCAGUGAUACAGGUCGCAACUGGAAGCAGUACAGACAGGAGGACAUCAUUUGGUCAAUCUAUCUCAUAAGGGUCACCAUCAAUCAUUUUGACAUACAGUAUACAGGGACGCAAUUCGGAGAUCAUUGUCAGUUGGAAUCAGAGGUUGCAGAUUUUGAUGGGAGGAGCUCCCUCCUCUACAGAUUCAAUCAAAAACUGAUGAGCACCUUCAAAGACGUGGUUUCCCUGAAGUUCAAGAGCAUGCAGGGAGAUGGGGUCCUGUUUCACGGUGAAGGGCAGCAUGGAGAUUACAUUACUUUGGAGCUGCAAAAUGGGAAGCUUUCCUUGCACAUCAACCUGGGAGAUGCCAAGCUUCGUUUUGGCAAUAGACAUACUUCAGUCACCUUGGGCAGCCUCCUAGAUGACCAACACUGGCACUCGGUUCUCAUUGAACGAUUCAAUAAGCAAGUAAAUUUCACAGUGGACAAGCACAUGCAACAUUUCCGGACGAAGGGAGAUUCUGAUGAUUUGAAUAUCGAUUAUGAGCUCAGUUUUGGAGGAAUCCCAGUCCCAGGAAAACCAGGAACCUUCCUGAAGAAAAAUUUCCAUGGUUGUAUUGAGAACCUAUAUUACAACGGAGUCAAUAUCAUUGACCUAGCCAAAAGACGGAAACCACAGAUCCACACAGUGGGGAAUGUGACAUUUUCCUGUUCAGAACCGCCAAUCACUCCCAUCACUUUUGAGAGCUCCAAUAGCAGUUACUUACUGUUACCCGGCACUCCUCAGAUUGAUGGCUUAUCUGUCAGCUUCCAGUUUAGAACAUGGAACAAGGAUGGACUCCUUCUGUCUACUGAAUUGUCAGAGAAUUCUGGCUCACUCUUGUUGUAUCUCCACCAUGGCAGACUGAUCCUCAACAUCCAAAAAGGAACAGAGAGCUACGUGGGCAUCAGUGCAGGCAACAAUCUAUAUGACGGCCUGUGGCACUCAGUUAACAUCAAUGCCAGAAGACAUCGCAUCACCUUAACUCUUGAUAAUGAUGUAGCAUCAGCUGUUCACGCUACCACUGUUUCACAGAUUUAUUCAGGGCAUAGCUAUUAUUUUGGCGGGUGCCCUGACAAUUUUACCGAUUCAAAAUGUUUAAAUCCCAUUAUGGCUUUUCAAGGUUGCAUGAGACUCAUCUUUAUUGAUAACCAGCCCAAGGACCUCACUUUAGUUCAGCAAGGCUCCCUGGGGAAUUACAGUGAUUUGCACAUUGAUAUCUGUGGCAUCAAAGACAGAUGUUUACCAAACUAUUGUGAACAUGGAGGGAAAUGUUCCCAAUCUUGGACAACAUUCUUCUGUGAUUGUAAUGAAACUGGUUACACUGGAACCACCUGCCAUAACUCUAUUUAUGAGCAAUCCUGUGAAACUUAUCGACACCAAGGAAAAACAUCUGGUUUCUUCCAUAUUGACUCCGAUGCAAGUGGUCCACUUCCCCCACUUUUGGUAUACUGCAAUAUAACAGAAGACAAGAUCUGGACAGUAGUGGAGCACAAUAAUACAGAAUUGACUCAUGUCCACGGAUUUGAUCCUCAGAAACCAUACACCAUGAACUUCAGUUACAAUAGCAGUGGGAAUCAGCUGGAAGCAAUAACAAAUAAUGCUGAAUAUUGUGAACAGGAGACAAUUUACCAUUGUAAAAAGUCACGUCUGCUGAAUUCCCCAAGUAAGUGCCAUCUGUUGAAGUCUUUCUGGUUUUUUGUAGCAGAAGCUACCACAGAAAACCAAGAUAAAACUGUUCUAAUCUACACAUUAUAA